AAAUUGUAAAAAGAGAGUGAGAGUUUUCUAAAUACGAGAGAGUCCAGCGUCGACGUCCUCUCCGCACCAACGCAUCAAAUAAUCAUCCAGCAGCACGGGAUAGGCGACGUCGACGACGGCUUUUACGCGUAGUAUUUUUGUGUGUUGGCGAAAAGUACCAAAAUAAUCAAGACCCAGCUGGAAAGCGAGCAAAUAUUCUGCACCGAUGGCGGACAAAAAGCGAUCCAAGAAGCGUAAAGAUGAAUAUACUGGCCCCGGAGGAGCCGAGCAGGAAUUGGAGAAAGCCUCCAAGGAUGAGUACAAGGUUGCCAAAUGGCUGAAAUCGAAUGUCCCAACGAAGAAGACCAAAUUUUUGAACCACAAUGUCGAAUACUUCUCGGCCAUUCGAGCCGUUGAUGCGCUGCUGGAGUCCAAGUUUGCCAAAGGGGACAACUGCUUGAUGCCCCAUCGGCAGGCUGCGAUCGAUUUUCUGGACGAAAUGUUGCAUCACAAAUUUUUCCACCGCGCCAAGAAGGUGCCGGUAAGCGAGCAGGAACUGAGAGGAAAAAGUAAAAAAUCGGCCGAAAAGGAAAAGGACAAGGGUAGUGCCAAGGAAGAUAAAGCCACUGAUGGCGGCGAAAGCAGUCACGCCGAAGGUGGCAAAGGGGACAGCAAAGCCGCUGCAGAGAAAGAAAAACGGAAGCGCAAAAUCAGGCUGGAGAUGCACCCAGAGCAGCUUUUUGUCGAUGGGCAUGAGGCAUAUGUCUGGUUGUACGAUCCGAUCCCGAUGCACUAUUGGAUAUUCGGAGCGCUGUUGGUGGUGGGAGCUAUUGUGAUCUGUUUGUUCCCUCUGUGGCCACCGAUGCUCCGAAAGGGUGUUUAUUAUCUCAGUAUAGCGGCGGCUGGAUUCUUGGUUUUCAUUCUUGGUCUGGCCGUUCUGAGGUUUGUCAUCUUCUGUUUGGUAUGGAUUCUCACCGGUGGCAAACACCACUUCUGGUUGCUACCCAACUUGACUGAAGAUGUAGGAUUCUUUGCCUCGUUCUGGCCCCUGUAUGAUCACGAGUACAAGGACGGAUCAUCGGAUAAAGACAAAUCGAAGAAGAAUAAGAAGAAGAAGCGUGACAAAGACAGCGAUGCCGAGGAUGGUGACACUGGAACCUCGGGUAAAAUUCCGCCAAAGAUUGAUGAAAUCAAAGAGCAAGAAUCCGAGGAUCAGCAAGGUAAAAAAACAGCUGAAGGAAGCCAACUUCGUCAACGAAACAAGGGCAAGGCGGCAUCCGGAACUCCUGUUGCAGACAAGGAAGGCAAUGUCAGUGAUGAUGGGCAGGAUGAAGAUCACGGAGAUGAAGAUAAAAACUCGCAAUCGGAAAGUGAAUCGGAAGGAUCCCAGCGAUCGUCCACGGGUAAGGAUUUUGAAAUCGUCGAUCAUGACGAAGUUGAAACAUCUUAGACCGGUGUUCAACAAACAUGCUGGAACAAAGUUGUCUGCUAAUAUUACACAAAAUCAAAAAAGAAAUAAUUUAAAAAAAAAACACAU